AUGAAACAGUUGCUAGGCUACAGAUCUGCUGAAAGAGACAUCCGGAUCGCUGGUACCUCGAGCCUUCAGCAAAGUGUCCAUUCAUUCUGGCCGUGGCCUUCCAGACUUACUCGUUUGAAAAAUGGCUUUCUGCCCUUGGCUCCUCCCAACGCAGCACCUCCUUUGCCCAGACCGCUUGCGUCUCGCCGGCCACUUCUGUCGCCGUCGUCCCGGCCACCGCCGUCAUCUUCACCUGAGACGGGCAGAGAUAAAUCGAGAGAAUGA